AUGGCGGCUAAAAAGGACAUGCGGAGGCUGGAUCUUGCGAUCCCCUAUAUCGAACCCCCGACAAGCAAGAACGAUGCCGAUGUGUCCGGCGCAAUGUCGAGCACCAUGCCCAUGGCUGCGAUGUUCACCCGGAACAGGGUUUCUUUUGUUUUCUCACUCCAGAACUGGCUCGGUGAGACUGAAGACCAAAAGAGCACUUCGUCCACUCCGGCAUAUAUGUCCGUAUUCAUGUCCUUUAUGGCCUUGGUCGUGGUACACCCCUUCGCCGAAGCUGACGAAGAUACCGGCGAGACCAAGCAGUCUCAAAAUUAUAUCCAUAUACGGAUUCAACAGCGCAAUGGUCGUAAGACCUUGACUACGGUCCAGGGUCUUCCCAAGAAAUUCGAUCAGAAGAAGAUCUUGAAGGUGAUCAAAAAGAAGUUCGCUUGCAAUGGCACCAUCGUCUCCGACACUGAGAUGGGCGAUGUGAUUCAGUUGCAGGGAGACCAGCGGAAAGAUGUUCAGGAGUUCUUGACCGACAAGAAGGAAGGUCUUGAGCUUGACGCCAAGACCAUCAAGGUCCAUGGGUUCUAG